GAAAAGGACUCAAUUUUAAAAAGCCUUCCAUCCAUUCAGGAGCGUUCUCAAAUGGGGGAUACAAGCAAACGCAGCGAAAGCUGGACUCACCAAAGAGAUUCUUCUUCGUCAAGCUCCGAUUCGUCAACCUCUCUAGACCCAACAAGCUCCGAUUCGUCCUCCAGCGAUUCCAUAUCGUCGUUCGCCUCAACACACUAUCACGUCGCACUUCCCAGUUCUUCGUCCUCGAGCUCAGACGGUCAGAGCUCCAACAAACCCUCGACAUCAACGGGAAGACGUGGACGAUUUUCGGAAUGGACCCAUUCUCCGCCGGAGAAAAGAGCCAGAUCUGACCCGAGCUCCACCAGCACCACCGGACCCUACCAAUGUCCUGUGUGCCUUAAAGAUGUGCGGCAGGGCGAACCGGUGGCCACCUCCUGUGGCCACAUUUUCUGCACUUACUGCUUGCUUCGUGCCAUAAGGGCCACGUCGAAGUGCCCAAUGUGCAGUGUGCGUUUACCUGGGUUUCAUCGAGUUUACAUGUAAGCCAGAACAGCUAUCUAGGCUUCUCAAAGGAAGAUGUGUGUAUGUAAACAAAAAUGUUGAUACCAAGAACUGGCUUGAAAAAUA